UCCAUCUGUCAUUAGAUGAAAAGUUGACAAAACACAAAAGUUUUACUUCGUUCAAUUUUCUAAACAAAAACUACUUUUUGAUUAUAAAUUUAUCAAAAAACAACUAAUUUCAAUACAUUUCAAGCAUUUAAAAUAAACCCACAAUGAGUGUAAGCAUUGUUUGUACUGCGGGUGCUGUCCCAGUACGAAAUGAAAAAGGUGAAUUGUCUAUGCAAAAAGUUAAAGUCCAACGUUACAUCUCUGGCAAACGUCCCGAAUAUGCUCGUGGUGAAUCUUCCGAUGAGGAAAGUGAUUUGGAAGAUUUCAUUGAUAAUCGCAAGAAAGCUGCUGCCGCCGCUGCGAUGUUAGAACAAGAACCUUCAGUCUCGAGUCAUGCUAACCAAGACGAAGACAAUAUCGAUGAUCCACGAUUGAGACGUUUGAAAUCACGUUUUGUGGAGGAAGAUCCAACUGAAGUUCGUUUGGAACGUCAUCGUCAUAUUCAUGAACCAGAAAUUCUGGAAUCCGAAUCAGAAGAGUCUGAGGAGGAAGAUGAACCAGAACAAAGAAGAAAUGACAAUGAUAACCAAGCUUCAAAGAAGAUUACUCUGGCUUCUGAUAGUGAAUCUGAUGGAGAUCUCAGUGACACUGAAAUCGAAAUGAGGAGACAAACACUCAGGCAGAGAAUGUUGCAACAACAAAAAGAAGAAGAGGUUCUGCUUAAAGAAGAUGAAAACAAAUCCGAGUCCUCGGCUUCAGAGAGUUCGGAGUAUGAAGAGGAGACCGAAAGCGAAGAAGAAAAUGAACCUCGUCUGAAGCCACUCUUCGUCCGCAAACGUGACCGUGCCACGGUCAUUGAAAAAGAACGAGAAGCCAUUAAACAGAAACAAGCCGAAGCUGAGGCUAAGAAAGCAGCCAAAGAACGAAGACGUUACACUCUUCGUCUGGUGGAAGACAGCAUAAAGAAAGACUUGGACAAAAUCAAGCCAGAUGCUGUGGAACCUCAUAUUGACGAUGUCUGCACAGACGAUGAGAAUGACGAGGUUGAAUACGAGGCAUGGAAGCUGCGAGAACUCAAGAGAAUCAAACGAGAUCGUGAAGAGAGAGAAAAUGCUGAACGUGAAAAACUUGAAAUCGAUAGAAUGCGCACUUUGACCGAAGAGGAACGUCGCCAAGAACUACGUCAAAAUCCAAAACUUAUUACCAACAAAGCUGCCAAGGGCAAAUACAAGUUCUUGCAGAAAUACUAUCAUCGUGGUGCAUUUUAUUUGGAUGAAGAAAAUGAUGUCUUUAAGCGGGACUUUGCUCAAGCUACUCUUGAAGAUCAUUUCGAUAAAACUAUUUUACCAAAAGUUAUGCAAGUUAAAAACUUUGGACGCUGUGGCAGGACAAAAUACACACAUUUGGUUGAUCAAGAUACAACUAAAUUUGAUUCACCUUGGUAUGCUGAAUCUUCCAGUAAUAUUAAGUUUCAUAAUGAGAAGUCGGGUGGAAUGAAACAGGUGUUUGAUAAACCAACAUUGUCGAAGAGGAAGAAGGUGGAGUAGUUUAAUUGGUUUGAGAUAAAGUUUUUUUUUAACAAUAUUUUGUUUUGCUUUAAAAUUUUGAAUGAAUAAAAAAAUAACAUAUAAAAGUA